AUGAGUAAAAUUUAAAUAAAGAUUUUAAUUUCGAAAAUUUAAAAGAGAUAAAUUUAUAAUUCAACUGUAGUAUUUAAAUAUAAUAAGUUGAAUAAAUAUUUAAGAAUUUAAAUAAAGCUUAAAAUGUGGAGAUAAUAUGUCUUACUUUAAAUGAUAAAGUAGAAAAUAGUAAUAAUAAUAAUAAUAAUAAUAAUAAUAAUAAUAAUGAUAACGAUAACGAUAACGUUAAUUAUAAAUAUCUUAAUCAUUUAUCUUAAUUGUAAAAUCUUAGAAUCGUUUCUUUUACCAUUUAAAAAGCUAAUUAGUAAAUAUUUGAUUCUGCAUUGA